AGCCGUUAGCUCCACUCUUCAUUCCCAGUAUGGCGAGACGAGUCUACACGACCGAGUUGGGUUGCAUCGCCUGUAACGAACUCAGUGAACUCGGAGCUGGCAAGGAGGCCUGGCUCGUCGAAAACCCUAGCCUCAUCUGCGCCCUGGACACCGAUUCUCUAGCUCUCGCCAACCGAUCCUUCGUUCUCGUUCUGGGUUGGUCGGAAAAUGGCGAUCCCUACAAUUCUCCUGUCAAGAUCCGACCCACUUUGUCACAGAUCGAGGCCGAGCGGAUUACUGCUGUUGAGUGGUUGGUUUUUGAUGAGAUUAGGGUUCUCGCGGUUGGGACUUCUAGCGGGUAUUUGAUGAUUUAUUCGUUGGGUGCUGAUUUGAUUCAUAAGCAGAUGAUAAAUCCUGGACGGAUUCUAAAGUUCAGAGUCCGUGGAACUAAGAGAGAUCUGACACAGGGUUCAUCCUCGGAGGAGGUUUGUGUUGUUAUGCCUGGUGUAAUUGCUCGUUUUGAUGGGGCUGAUUUACAGAGUAUGCUGCAAAGAUGGUUUCAAGAUACACACUCUCAGUUUUGGGAUGAGAAACCAAAAAGGAGAGAUCAAGAGGAUUCGGAAAAGUCUUAUGGAAGACUGCCUUACCAGCUAUGGAAUGUUAGCAAGUAUGGGCCAUGUGCUGAUGCAGCAAUUACUGGGACAAUGCCUCCUCCACUCAUGGAGCUCCAGGUGUCAAGUCAACGCUAUUAUUGUGCAGUGACUAUUGGAGACGAUGCUGUGAUUUCUGCAUUCAGGCUUUCAGAAGACAGAAAUAGGUCUUUAGUGGGAGCUAUCUUGUCAAAAGUUGUGCCUGCAACCUUUUCAACAAUAGCCUCUUUUUCUAAAAUGAUAUGGAGGAGUGAGCAAAAAUCACCAAAAAGAUCGGAACCAAAGCCUCAACCAUUUGCCCGAGCUUCUCCUUUGACAUGUUUGAAAGAUCACCCAAGAAAGGGCGAGAAGCUUACUUUAUCACCUAGUGGUACAUUGGCUGCCAUAACAGAUUCACUGGGCCGUAUAUUGCUAUUAGAUACUCAAGCACUCGUUGUAGUACGGUUAUGGAAGGGAUAUCGUGAUGCUAGCUGCCUGUUCACGGAGAUGCUAGUCAGCAAAGACACUGCAGCAUCAAGUUCCUCUUACUAUGAGCCAGUGAAGAGUGAUUAUUGCCUGUGUUUAGCUAUUCACGCCCCACGAAAGGGAAUUGUUGAGGUAUGGCAGAUGAGGACUGGACCACGCCUUCUAACUGUUCAAUGCUCCAAAGGCAGUAAAAUACUGCAACCCACCUACAGGUUUGGAUCAUCAAUGGGCUCUCCUUAUGUCCCAUUGGAAGUUUUCCUGUUGAAUGGAGACUCUGGUCAAUUAUCAGUUCUAAACCGAUCUCUUAAUUGACUUUUUGAAUGGAACGGCAUUCUUUCUCAUUGAUGUACAUUCGAAAGUAAAAUCAUGUUAAUCUGAAUGAUCUAAGUCUGUUAUCUUUCAUCAUCAA